AUCAAAAUGAUUUCCUUGCUGUUAGUUGCCUUGGUGGGUGUUGCGUUAAGCAAGAAUGUAGUGUUGUUUUCAGGGGCUGUCAAAUCCGAAAAUGAUCCUGUAAACAUGCAGUUAACAAAAUUGCUUGAUGUUAAGAUCGAAAGCAAAAGUGAUUAUUGGAAGAAUGAUUUAAGCAGACUUCUUAAAUCGCAAGCUGAGGAAAAUAAUAUAGGAAAAAACGAAGAAGAAUAUGUGCAAGUUCCUCUAAAACUAUCUUUUGGAAUUGAAAGAACAAAUAAUAAAAACUCUUUUGAGGAAGGAAUGGAAAGUAUUUUUAAAACUUGUGGGUCUUUAGUUGGAAGAAGUCAAUUACCAUUCUGCCGCUUUAACCCGCAUAAGGGCCAAGAAGUUAACUUCAAUUCAUAUCCAAGAAGUUGUAGAGAAAUAUUAGAAAGUGGUAACAAUCAUUCUGGAAUAUACGUCAUCAAACCCAGAACAAGCAGUAAACCAUAUUCUGUUCUUUGUGAUAUGGAAUCAAGAGGCGGAGGUUGGACUUACAUUCAGAAUAGAUUUGAUGGAUCCCAGGAUUUCUAUCUGCCAUGGAGAGACUACAAGUUUGGUUUUGGAGAUCUGGAUGGUGAAUUCUGGAUGGGAUUGGAAAAUAUUUAUCAUAUGACAGGAUUCGAAACAAAUGAACUCCUCGUUGAAUUGACAGAUAGAGAGAAAAAAACAGCCUAUGCACAAUACAAAUCGUUUGCAAUUGGACCUGAGAAGGAUAGCUAUAAACUAAAUACAUUAACUGGAUAUUCAGGGGAUGCUGGAGAUGCUCUGAUAGGACAUUUAAAUUAUAAAUUCUCUACUUUUGACGUAGAUCAAGAUAUAGAUGCUAGAAAUUGUGCACAAACGUUUGAGGGUGCGUGGUGGUACAAUAAUUGCAUCUACAGCAAUCUCAAUGGAAAACAUAUGAACAAACCUCUUCCCGAUGCCUACAAAUUCCACGGACUGAACUGGAAAGGAUUUAGAGAACUUGAUUAUAAUUUAGCUGGUUCAAAAAUGAUGAUACGUCCAGUUGCAGAAUAAAUAAAAUAAAUAAUUAUGUUUAUAGUCGAGGAAAUGAACCUGAAAAAAUGGCAAAACCUCGCAAUUUUUUAGUCCAGCAUCGAUUUGUACAAAAACUUGGGAUUAGGCUCAUUACACCCUCUAGUUCAUUUUCUAUAUUGAGCCGUUGUACGCUUUUGGUUUUUUAAGGGUGCAAACUACCCCUAAUUGUAAACUAAAUUGCAAACUACCCCUAAAUUGUAAAAAAUUGUAUAUAAAAUAACAUUUUAAACUUUAAUAUUGUCAACAUUUGGUUCCUAUUAGCUACAUAAUGAUUGUUUUAUGCUUUAAGAUACACUAUCAUAAUAUUUCAACCCUUAAAACCACCCUUGUAGGAGCUAUAUAUAAAAAAUAUACUUAUCCUAAAAGAAUAAUUUUGGCUUGCACCGAUUUACAUAAAAAUUUGGGCUUAAGAUCAUCUCACCCUAUACUUCAUAUUCUAUAUCAUGCUUAAGGGCGUUGAUUAUUUUUAGGGGUGUAAACUACCCCUUAUUGUAAAAAAUUAUAUAAAAACAUUGUAAACUUUAAUAUAGGUAAAAUUUGGUUUUGAUUGGUUAAAAUAAUGAUUGUUUUAUACUUUAGGAUAUAAUAUCAUAAUAUUUCAACCCUUAAAAUCCACCCUUAAUAACAUUACAGUUUUUAUAAGUAGAUAUUUUAAUAGAUCUAUACAGAAAAAAGUAGAAUUAAAGAAUUACAAAAAGAUUUAUUUACACAAAAAUACGAAUUUACAAAUAUGUACAAAUACAAAUACAAAUAGUUUUUAGUCAUCUGCCAGUAUACGAACCAGUUCUGUGGUAUUAUACAUACAUUGAAAAUUAUCCAUAAGCGGACUAUCCGAAUUUUUCGAAAAAAAAAAUUUGUUUUAUAAACAUAGCUCCUUCAUUUUUGGCGAUAAAUUUUUUUUUCAAAAAUGACUUUGUAGGAUUUUUAAAGAGUUAUAAGACUGUGUAAACUAAAUUCCGUAAGAUCCCUUAGUUUUUAAUUAGGGUGGGUUUAAAGGGCUCGAAUAAGGGGGUGUUUGCUCGUAAAUAGAAAUUUUAAACAGCUAUAUCUCGCUAACUGUUUACCGUAAUGAAAAUCUACCUACAAGGGAAUUUGAGUUAUUAAAAAAGCUACAAUUUAGUAGUCUAUCAUUUUUUUCGUAUCUCCAGUAUUUUCGGAGAUAUUUUGAAGUAAAAGGUGAAAAAUGGGAAAUUCCAAAAAAUUAAUCUUUCUUUAAUCUCCAAUUUUUCUAAAAUUAGGCCUUUUAAAUAGGUAAAACUUCUUGGGUGUAUUGAUAAUAUAAAUAUAAAAUAAACUACAGAAAGGUGAAGACCAAUUUUUAAUUAGGAGGGUAGUUAGGGGGUUGUUUUUACUGAUUUUUUCAUAGAGAAAAGCAGGUACCGACAUUUUUUUGAUCAUAAGUCGCUUGAUUUUCAGGCUAGAAACUUUUUAUUAUUAUUUUUUGAGAGACCUAGCUGUAUGCUUGAAAAAAGAUUAUUUAAGUUUUCUUCUAAAAAUGCAAAGUUUUUUCGUUAUUUUACUUUGAAUGUUUCAAAUUAUGCAUUUGACGAAAAAAGCUAACUUUUAACAUGCCGUAUCUCGGUUUUUAUUGGUCUUAAAGAUAUUAGAGAAAAAGAAUUUAGUUUGUGUUACCAAAAGAUACAAUUUUGAUAUCUACAGUUUUUUUAUUUAAUGCAUAUUUUUCGAGGCAUUCUCAAAAAACCCUCUAAAAAAGUCGAUUUUUUCAUCGAAAAACUGUUACUUUCAAGCGCGAAUAACUCGAAAAAUAUUAGUUUUACGAAGAAAAUUCAAAAAACAUUUUUUUUUAGAAUCACUGUUUACAUCGAUUUACAUGGUUAAAAUGUAAUAAAAAAUUCCCGCCCCCGAGAUGGGGUGGCAACCACCCCCAAGGUUUUAGCGUACAGCAGCAUGAUAUAGAAAAUGAUCCUUGGACUAUUCCCUACCUUCUGUGAAAAUUUCAAGUAAAUCCAUGCUGGACCAAAAAAUUGCGAGCCAAAAUGCUUCAUUUCCUAUUAUUAUUACUACCUCUGCAACUUACUAAUAUUGUAUCUCAUAAUUUGUUAACUAAAUAAAAAUUUUUAUGAUAUCCAAGA